UUCAAUUUGUUCAUUCACUGACUCAAAUGAUGCUUUUUAGAGGAACUAGUGUGUGCCAGUAUAGGCUGUACUCAUUUAAAAAAUAAAACUCUUUACAUGCUCACUGGCACAUAGAAGAUGCUCAAAUAUUUCUACGCCAUCAAUACACCACUAGAUUUUAUUCAUCUACCGAUUUUAUUUAUCCACAUGGUAUUUGUGUAGGCUAUCAUCACCUAGAUUAUCCAUUGUGCAGUCUCAAAUAGCAACGUUUCACGUUUCUCUCUCCACGCAUAUUCAAAGAAUGUACACACUUUUUCUGCCAAGAAUUUCCUGAAGGAAAAGUGCGGUCUAAACAAAUAGCAAAUAGAGAAACAAGAUAAAUUCUUGAUUAGUUAUAAUAUUUACAGGGAAGUCGCUGUGGGACCCUUGAAGACUUGAUCCUCCUUGACAGUGAGUGUUUUACAUAAAUCUGUUUUCCAGCGAUUCCACCGCCCCUUCCAAGGGAAGGCAGUUAAGUAAAAAAUCUCAUUCACCCACCCUCCAUUUACUCGAGUAAUGAAUUAUUGUCAUGAUAAUCCUAAUCUGUCUCUGCUCAGCAACUGCCUCUCCAGGCAACAUUUACCCUUCUAUCCAGUUGCGACCGCGGCGGUUUCCAUGGCGACAACUUUGUUUCUACGCGGCGACCGCCCAGCUCGGCAGGAGCCUGUGGGGUUCCGGACGUUUCACCCAUCGUUUUCUUUUUUCCUUUCAUCAUUGGAGAAAUUCUCUGAACGUUUCCCUCUUACCCGAACAGCCGGAAGAAGUGAAAGCAAUCAGACAGUACAGAGUAUUUUAAUCUUUAGGGGACCGAGAUGUCAGAUCCAAACAAAGCUGCCAUUGCAGCAGAAAAAGAGGCUCUGAACUUGAAGUUACCUCCCAUCGUUCGUCCCUCUGAAGACAUAGGUGUUGACACCCCAGCACAAAGUAAGUUGCUGAGUUACAGGAGAUCCAGGGAGCAGCAGAAGACAAUUAAUCAGUUAGUAAUUGAAGGAGCCAAAAGGAAUUUAGACAGAACACUGGGUAAAAGAACAUCUUCAUCACCAGAGCCAGAUUAUCCUCCAACUAUGACCAGUGAAAUUAAAAAGAAAGGAUUCAACUAUAUUUAUUUGAAGCAAUGUGUAGAGAGUAGUCCGAUAGUACCUAUUCAGCAGGAAUGGCUGGAUCACAUGUUAAUGCUGGUACCUGAGUCUUUGAAGGAAGGAAAAGAACAGGAAGAACUUGUGCAAAGUCUCAUAAACGAGGUGUCAAGUGAUUUUGAAAAAAGCAUGAAGAGAUAUUUGGUGAGGAGUGUUCUCGUGAAACCUGAUAUUAAUUGGCUUGAAGAUGAAGGUGGCCCUUUACCUGAAUCCCCUGUAGGCCUGGAUUAUUCUAAGCCUUGGCAUUCUAACUAUCUGCAGACAAGAAACCAAAUAUUAGCUAAUUUGCACAUUGUUCAUCCAACCAUGAAAAUGUUACUGGACCUUGGUUAUACAACAUUUGCCAAUACAGUUUUGCUAGACUUAACUGGAAUUAGAGGUAAAGGCCCAAUUGAUUGUGAAUCACUAAGAAAUGAUUUAUCAAUACAAGCUAGAAAGGCAGAAGAGAAGAUAAUGAACACUUGGUACCCAAAGGUUAUAAAUCUCUUCACCAAGAAGGAGGCACUAGAAGGCAUUAAACCCGAGAAACUCGAUGCAUUUUAUAACUGCGUUUCCACACUUAUGUCAAAUCAGCUAAAAGAUCUCUUAAAGAGAACUGUAGAAGGAUUUGUAAAACUCUUUGACUCAGAAGAUCAACGAGGGCUGCCCAUAUUUAAGAUGGAAUUGACCUUUGAUGAUGAUAAAAUGGAAUUUUAUCCUACUUUUCAAGAUUUGGAAGAUGUUGUCUUUGGUUUGGUUGAGCGAAUAGCUGAAGCUCUGCAGAAUGUCCAAACAGUACCCUCUUGGCUAUCAGGAACUUCAACACCUGUGAAUCUUGACACAGAACUUCCUGAACACGUGUUACAAUGGGCUCUUGAUACGCUGAAGGUGGCAGUACAUCGUAACUUAGAAGGCGCAAGAAAACAUUAUGAGACAUACGUUGAAAAGUACAGUUGGCUCAUUGAUGGGACUGCUGUUAAGCUGAUGGAGACUUUUCAGGCAGAGGAUCAUACUUUUGAUGAAUACACAGAGCUUAUAGGAAAAAUUUUCAAUUUUGCUUCAGAAAUAAUGCUUUUGCCUCAGUGGGUUCAUUUCCCUAUGGUGCGUUUGGAUUGUGAGGAUUUGAAGACAGGCCUAACAAACAAAGCAAGAGCCUUUGCAAACAUUUUGCUAAAUGAUAUAGCUUCAAAACAUAGGAAAGAAAAUGAAAGUAUUUGCAGUGAAUUUGAAGCAGUUAAAGAGCAUGCAUUAAAAGUUCCUGAGACAACAGAGGAAAUGAUGGAGCUUAUAUCUUAUGUAGAAAAAGCCCGAACUGUAGGAAUUCAGGAGUUGGUUUCACGGAUCAAGGAGUCCAAACGCCGGAUGAGUUACUUUUUAGAUGUAUUUCUAUUUCCUCCAGAAGACUUAGCUUUAAAUUCAGCUGUUCUUAUGUGGCCUUGGAAAAUUAAUCCCAUCUUUGAUGAAAAUGAUGAGCUUAUUGAGAAUGCUAAACAUAGAAAAGAAAAUGAACUAAUAGCAAAGAGAGAGAAAUUGAUUUUGGAAAUAGAAAAGGAAUCACGGCGCAUGGAAGAGUUUGCGGAAUUUGCAGAAUUGGACCGCAUGCAACAGUAUGUGACAGAUGUAAGACAACUACAAAAACGUAUUCAGGAAUCUGAAGAAGCAGUUCAGUUUAUUAAUAAAGAAGAGGAACUUUUCAAAUGGGAACUGACAAAAUAUCCUGAACUGGAUAAAUUAAAAGUUAACAUUGAGCCCUAUCAGAAGUUUUUUAAUUUAGCUUUGAAGUGGCAACGAACAGAAAAACGGUGGAUGGAUGGAGGGUUUUUGGACCUUAAUGGGGAAGCCAUGGAAACUGAUGUAGAGGAAUUUUCCCGGGAAAUUUUUAAGACUCUGAAAUUUUUCCAAACAAAGCAAAAGAAGGAAUUACAGGAAAAAAGAAAAGCAGCAAAAAGACGAUCUCUGGAAGAAGAGAAACUUGAAGAAGAACCAAAAGAGAAUCCGACCAUUGCUAUGUGCACUACGGUAAUGGAGCAGAUAAAAGUUUUUAAGGAUUACAUCCCUACAGUCUCUAUCCUUUGCAAUCCAGGAAUGAGAGCACGUCAUUGGAAGCAGUUAUCAGAAAUUGUAGGCUAUGACUUAACUCCAGACUCUGGAACUACACUGAAGAAAGUUUUAAAAUUAAACCUUGCACCAUACUUGGACAAAUUUGAAGUGAUAAGUGCAGGUGCAAGCAAGGAAUUUUCAUUAGAGAAAGCCAUGCAUACAAUGAUGGGAACUUGGGAUGAUAUUACUUUUCAUAUAAGUUUAUAUCGUGAUACUGGAGUCUGUAUUCUUUCUUCAGUAGAUGAGAUUCAGGCUCUCCUUGAUGAUCAAAUUAUAAAAACUCAGACAAUGAGAGGCUCACCGUUCAUCAAACCAUUUGAAAAGGAGAUCAAGGCCUGGGAGGACCGUUUGAUUCGAAUACAAGAAACAAUUGAUGAAUGGUUAAAGGUACAAGCUCACUGGCUAUACUUGGAGCCCAUUUUUUGCUCUGAGGAUAUCAUGCAACAGAUGCCAGAAGAAGGGCGUCAGUUUCAGACAGUAGACAGACACUGGAGGGAUAUCAUGAAGUUUUGUGCGAAAGAUCCAAAGGUUCUUGCUGCUACUUCUUUAACAGGUUUACUGGAAAAACUGCAGAACUGCAAUGAACUUUUGGAGAAAAUUAUGAAAGGCCUUAACGCAUAUCUUGAAAAAAAAAGACUUUUCUUCCCUCGUUUUUUCUUCUUAUCUAAUGAUGAAAUGCUAGAGAUUCUGUCAGAGACCAAAGAUCCACUUAGAGUUCAGCCUCACUUGAAAAAAUGCUUUGAAGGCAUCGCCAAAUUGGAGUUCCUUCCCAAUUUGGAUAUUAAGGCCAUGUAUAGCUCUGAAGGUGAGCGAGUGGAGCUGAUUGCACUAAUUUCCACGUCUGCAGCUCGAGGUGCCGUGGAAAAGUGGCUCAUUCAAGUAGAAGAUUUGAUGCUUCGAAGUAUUCAUGAUGUGAUUGCUGCAGCCAGGCUGAAAUACACUUUAAUCAUUCAGGCUUAUCCAGAAUCUGCAAGAAGAGACUGGGUUCGAGAGUGGCCUGGCCAAGUGGUACUUUGUGUUUCUCAAAUGUUCUGGACCUCUGAGACACAGGAAGUUAUAAGUGGUGGAACGGAGGGAUUAAAGAAGUACUAUAAGGAACUUCAGAAUCAACUAAAUGAUAUUGUGGAGCUGGUAAGAGGAAAACUAUCAAAGCAGACCAGGAUUACUCUGGGGGCUUUGGUUACUAUCGAUGUCCAUGCUAGAGAUGUGGUCAUGGACAUGAUUGAUAUGGGCGUCUCAAAUGAUACAGAUUUCCAGUGGCUUGCUCAGCUUCGGUAUUAUUGGGAAUAUGACAACGCUCGAGUUCGUAUCAUUAAUUGCAAUGUAAAAUAUGCUUAUGAAUAUCUUGGUAACUCACCUCGACUUGUCAUUACUCCUCUAACUGACAGAUGUUACAGAACAUUGAUAGGUGCCUUCUAUUUAAACCUUGGAGGUGCUCCAGAAGGGCCAGCAGGUACGGGGAAAACGGAAACCACCAAAGACUUGGCUAAAGCUCUUGCCGUACAGUGUGUGGUGUUCAACUGCUCAGACGGGCUCGAUUACCUAGCAAUGGGAAAGUUUUUUAAAGGAUUGGCUUCUUCUGGUGCUUGGGCUUGCUUCGAUGAAUUUAAUCGAAUUGAGUUGGAAGUGCUGUCAGUGGUAGCUCAACAGAUCCUUUGCAUUCAGAGAGCCAUUCAGCAGAAGCUGGAAGUGUUCACUUUUGAAGGGACAGAACUUAAGCUCAAUCCAAACUGUUUUGUAGCUAUUACCAUGAAUCCCGGCUAUGCAGGACGUUCUGAAUUACCAGAUAAUCUUAAGGUUCUUUUCAGAACAGUGGCUAUGAUGGUUCCAAACUAUGCCCUCAUAGCAGAAAUCUCCCUCUACUCCUAUGGAUUUCUGAAUGCAAAACCUCUGUCUGUGAAGAUAGUAAUGACCUAUAGGCUCUGCUCAGAGCAGCUCUCAUCACAGUUUCAUUAUGACUAUGGAAUGCGAGCAGUAAAAGCAGUUUUAAUAGCCGCUGGAAACCUAAAACUAAAAUUUCCAAAUGAAAAUGAAGAUAUACUUCUUCUUCGAUCAAUUAAAGAUGUAAAUGAACCAAAGUUUUUGUCACAUGAUAUACCCUUAUUUAAUGGAAUAACUAGUGACUUAUUUCCUGGUGUUAAACUUCCUGAAGCUGACUAUAAUGAAUUUUUAGAAUGUGCUCAUGAAGCCUGCAAAGUACAUAAUCUUCAGCCUGUUAAAUUUUUUCUUGAAAAAAUGAUUCAGACAUAUGAGAUGAUGAUCGUUAGACACGGUUUUAUGUUAGUAGGAGAGCCUUUUGCUGCUAAAACAAAAGUUCUGCAUAUGCUGGCUGAUACUCUAACUCUUAUGAAUGAACGUGGCUAUGGAGAGGAAGAAAAAGUCAUUUAUAGGACUGUAAACCCCAAAUCCAUUACUAUGGGCCAACUUUUUGGACAAUUUGACCCAGUGUCCCACGAGUGGACUGAUGGCAUUGUGGCUAACACUUUUAGAGAAUUUGCCUUAUCAGAAACACCUGACCGGAAAUGGGUUGUAUUUGAUGGUCCCAUUGACACUUUGUGGAUAGAGAGCAUGAACACUGUACUGGAUGAUAAUAAAAAGCUUUGCCUUAUGAGUGGAGAAAUCAUUCAGAUGUCCCCUCAAAUGAGCCUCAUCUUUGAAGCAAUGGACCUUUCCCAGGCCUCACCAGCCACUGUAAGCCGCUGUGGCAUGAUUUAUUUGGAGCCCUCACAGUUGGGGUGGAAACCACUUGUGUCUUCAUGGCUGAAUUCACUGAAAGGACCUCUGCAGGAACCAGAUCACCAAGCUCUUCUGAGAGGACUUUUUGACUGGUUAAUAGAGCCCACUUUAAAUCUCCGUAAGAAAAAAUGCAAGGAACUGAUUCCAACAAGCGAUAGCAAUGUGGUUGUCUCUCUCACACGCCUCUUUGAAGUACUGCUCUGUAACGUGGUGGAAAACGAUCCUACCAGCAAGCACAUUCGUAUUUGGAUUAUGGCUUGCUUUAUAUUUUCUUUGAUAUGGUCCAUUGGAGGAAGCUGUGAUACAGAUGGUCGCAUCAUUUUUGAUGUUUACAUACGAAUAGCCAUAAUGGGAAAAGAUGAAAACAACCCAAUACCUGAAUCUGUGGGUAAAUGGGAAUGCAACUUUGAUGAAAAAGGCCUAGUCUAUGACUACAUGUAUGAGUUGAAAAACCGAGGUCGCUGGAUCCACUGGAAUGAACUAAUUAAAAGUAUUAGUUUAGGAAAUAAACGUGUCAAGAUUCAAGAUAUCAUAGUCCCUACCAUGGAUACAAUUAGAUAUACAUUUCUAAUGGAUUUGAGUAUUACCUAUGCAAAGCCACUACUUUUUGUGGGUCCAACGGGUACAGGAAAAUCUGUGUAUGUGAAGGAUAAGCUGAUGAAUCACUUGGAAAAAGACCUGUACUUUCCUUUUUAUGUUAAUUUCUCUGCGCGGACCAGUGCCAACCAGGUUCAGAACAUUAUUAUGGCUAGACUGGAUAAAAGGCGCAAAGGAGUUUUUGGACCACCUAUGGGAAAGAAGUGUAUAAUUUUUAUAGAUGACAUGAAUAUGCCUGCAUUGGAGAAAUAUGGAGCCCAACCUCCUAUUGAAUUAUUACGACAAUUUUUUGACUGUGGGAAUUGGUAUGACCUGAAGGACACAAGUAAAAUCGUAUUGGUUGACAUACAGCUGAUUGCUGCCAUGGGUCCUCCAGGUGGUGGAAGAAAUCCAGUCACUCCCCGUUUUAUCCGGCAUUUCAACAUCUGCACCAUUAAUACUUUCAGUGAUGAAACUAUGGUCCGAAUCUUCUCAUCAAUUGUAGCGUUCUACUUGAGGACUCGUGACUUUCCUCCUGAGUACUUUUUAGUUGGGAACCAGAUUGUCAGCGGGACUAUGGAGAUAUAUAAACAAUCCAUGGAAAAUCUUUUGCCCACUCCCACAAAAUCUCAUUACACUUUCAACUUGCGGGACUUUUCACGCGUCAUCCAGGGCUGUUUGCUCAUUGAGAGAGAUGCUGUGGAAGGCAAGCACACCAUGAUCCGUCUGUUUGUGCACGAGGUUCUCCGAGUGUUUUAUGAUCGCCUCGUUAAUGACGGCGACCGAUUCUGGCUGUUCACUUUGACCAAAAAUGUUGUGAAGGACCAUUUUAAAGAAUCGUUUGAUAGUAUCUUUUCACAUUUGAGGAAAGGGAAUACAGCAAUAACUGAAGAGGAGCUAAGAAAUCUCAUGUUUGGUGACUAUUUGAAUCCUGACCUUGAAGGAGAUGACAGAGUUUAUAUUGAAAUUCCAAAUAUUCAUCAUUUUAGUGACGUUGUGGACCAGUGUUUAGAUGAGUAUAAUCAAACUCACAAAACAAGAAUGAAUCUUGUCAUUUUUAGGUAUGUAUUGGAACAUUUAUCACGAAUAUGUCGGAUUCUGAAGCAGUCUGGUGGAAAUGCUUUGCUUGUCGGACUUGGAGGAAGUGGUCGUCAAUCUUUAACUCGUCUGGCUACAUCCAUGGCAAAAAUGCAGAUUUUCCAACCAGAAAUUUCAAAGAGUUAUGGUAUGAAUGAGUGGAGAGAGGACCUGAAGGCCCUUUUAAGGAAUGUGGGCAUGAAGGGCCAGAAGACAGUCUUUCUAAUCACGGACACUCAGAUUAAAGAGGAAGCUUUUCUAGAGGACAUCGACAGUGUGCUCAACACUGGAGAAGUACCUAAUAUUUUUGCAGCAGAUGAAAAACAAGAAGUGAUGGAG